AUGUACCUGUUAGACAUACAUUGUCAGUUCAUGAUCCCUCUUGCCUUUGCCAUCUUAACGUUUCCUUUGGCCCAGUACACCUCAUCCAAGGACAGCAUUAUAAAUGGGUACUUUUGCUCUGGAUGUGCCUACUUUGCCAUUUUUGCCAUUUACAUGAAGUGUGGUACGAGACUGAAGGCUUCGGUUCUCCAGAUUCUCGUGCCGUUGCAAGACGUCGCCGUCUUGAGAGCCCUCUACUACUUCGUCGUGUCUCAGUACGUUGCCUGGGUAUGUGUUCCAUCAAUGCUUUACACGAUCGAAUCUUUUAGUUCAGAAGCCCGAACCAAAGGGAUCUUCUUGGUGGUUGCAACUGCAUACCUGUUUUACGACGGUAGUAUGGUGCUUGUGUCGUUCUUGUUGACGUCAUUGAAUGUGUGGACUAUCUUGGCCUUGGCAAUCAUCACACAUUUGGGAAUGAUUGUACUCAUUUUUUUUCCGAACAUUGGAGUAAGUGAAGAAGACCAGCUGGAUUUAGAAUACGUUUCACGAAGCGACACCGAACUGCACUUGUCGAAGAUGUCUGUACAAAAACCGUAUCCAGAUAGCUACAUCAGCAGUCUGAAACUGAUAAAAUUGAAGCUGGACAUGAACAAGAUACUGUAUCUGCAGCUGCCUCCAAGGAAUGGUAUCUUCCAAGCUUCUGAGCCGUCGAUAGUUACGGCUGCCUCUCAAAAAGGUGUGGAUGUAGGCAACGCCAGCGACCAAGACUCAACUAAUAGUCUGGCUACCGUGGUAUUGAGAUCAGCGAGAGCCCACCAAAGCGUCAAACUGCCCCACUUAGGGCCCCAUUUGAGCGGGUUGUGGUCUGGAAGUGACGUUGGCUGGCUGCAAAAUACUGCAUAUAAACAGGAAACCCACCAGCAACGAGACCCACCUAAUCAGAGGGAGGACCACAACCACGGGCUUUUCUAUUCUACCAACAAACCGGUAUUCUUGUUUGGGGAGCAGAAGGUGCCCACCAAACGUGGGUUCUUGAAUGCCAACUCAGGUGACACCACUAAUUAG